AGUUAGUCAAUCAAAAUGAAGCGGUUGCUGUUUCUUGCGUUGCUAGUGGCUGCCUGGGCUGAAGAGGAUGUGCUGCCUCUGGCCGAGCCUUGUGAUCCCGAGGCUUGCCAGCUGCCCGCCUGCAGGUGCUCUGGUACUGACAUUCCUGGUGGACUUCACCCACGGGAUACGCCACAAUUUGUCUUAUUGACUUUUGAUGACGGGGUGAACAUCGUCAACAUUGACAGUUAUCGCAACCUCGUUUACAAUCGUCGCAACAGCAAUGGCUGUCCCGUCGGUACCACCUACUACAUCAACCACGAGUAUACCGACUACACCCUCGUGAAUGAGUUGUAUAACCAAGGGUUCGAGAUUGCACUCCACUCCAUAAGCCACCAAACUCCGGACACCUACUGGAAGGAAGCUACUUAUGAUGACAUGAAGUUGGAAUUUGGAGACCAGAGAAGGCAAAUGUCUCAUUUCGCUAAUAUUCCGAUUGAUGCAAUUAAAGGUGUCCGCAUUCCGUUCCUGCAGAUGUCUGGUAACUCUUCCUUCCAAGUCAUGACUGACUUCGGGCUGGAGUAUGACUGCACCAUGCCAACCGCCAACCAGAUCAACCCUGGCUUGUGGCCGUAUACCCUAGACUAUGCCUCCACCCAAGAUUGCGUUAUUCCUGAAUGCCCCAGUGCGUCUAUUCCUGGAGUAUGGGUGCUGCCUUUGGUCAGCUGGGUCGAUUUGAGCGGAUUCAUUUGCUCUAUGGUUGAUUCUUGCUUUAGUGUGCCUCCCUUGAACGACGAAGAGGCCUGGUUCGAGUUCAUAGUGACCAACUUCGAGAGACACUACAAGGGCAACCGCUCGCCUUUCGGUUUCUACGUCCACGAGUGGUACAUCGCAAGUAACCCCGCCAUCUUCAGGGCUUUGGGAAGAUUCUUAGACAUGGUCAACAAUCUACAAGACGCUUUUCUGGUAAACUCUGCUGAGGUGCUCGACUGGGUGAAGGAUCCCGUCCCAGUUCCCGAGUACAGGAGCCGCCCGUGCAAAAGCUGGGUGUCCACCGCGUGCCCGCGCCAGAGCUGCGGCCCUCUCACCUCAGACCACAACGUUUGGGGUGCAUACUGGAUGCAGAUCUGUAACACGUGUCCAAACACAUACCCAUGGUUGGGAAACCCCCUCGGUGAAUAGAAUCUGCUUUGUUUAUUUGAAAGUUAUCUUGUUAAGAUAGAGAAAAAGCAAGAGUGGGAAACUGCGUACGAAAUAAGUUUAAGAAGACAACAUAUUUAGUCAAGUAUUUAAUAAAACUCAAUCAAAAAAUAAUUUAAAUGUAUUCCUCCUCAGUUCUGAAAUUUUGUUAUUAUAAGUAAGUACUCAAUUAAUUUUGGAAUAUUUACAAAAAUUGUGCAUGGCUGAGGAAGCUAACAAAUAAACUUCUAAAUAUAAAA